AUCAGAGGAGCAUUUAUUCACAAGAGCAAUAAUUCCCUAACCUAAAAAUUUUGCAUAUGACGCACAGCAGUACUUGAACGUGGUGAUCUUAAGUUAAGAUUUAGUCCAAGUAAAGGAGAUGAGCGAUGCCGAACUUCAGGAGGAGGAAAGAGAAGUACUGUCCUCGAUAUACGACGGCGAUCCGGCUUUUAAACAGCUGACACCCACGACGUUCCAGUACAAGUAUGGAGAGGAUAAUGAUGUAAAGUCGUUCCUAUUGGAAAUCUCAUGGGGCGCGACAUAUCCCACGGAGAAACCGACCAUCAAUAUGAAUACAUUUUACAAUAAACAUAUUGUGCAAGAGGUAAAGGACAAGGUGGUGAGUCACAUAGAGGCAGAGGCCGACCAGUGGUUAGGUAGCGCUAUGACGUAUACGUUAUUUCAGUCUGUCCAAGAACAUUAUGCAGACUUAGUAUCCAUGCAGCCCGAUUCAGUCGGCGACAUAAAUUUGCAUACCAGUAGAAUAAAGAUCACGGAUGAGGCUCAACAGGUCGAGGAAACAAUAAAGAAACCGAAGAAGGAGCACUUGAGCAAAGCCCAGAAGCGUAGGCAGUGGAACAAGGCGGACGGCAAAGGCGAAAGGCCACGCGGUUGGAACUGGGUGGACAUUGUCAAGCAUCUGUCGCAGACCGGUCCUAGGACGGAGCAGGAAUCUUAGCUUGCGCCAUUUUGUACAGUAUACAUGUAUAUGUAUAAAAUGCAUAUUAUAUUUUUAUAUAAACUGUUGGAAAUAAAGUCAAUACCAUAUCUACUUUG